AUGUCGGCAAUUUACAACCUCGAGCCACAGCCGACAGGCUCGGCGAUUCUGCACACGACAUUGGGAGAGAUUCACGUCGAGCUCUUUGCCAAACAGACGCCGCUGACGUGCCGCAACUUUCUGCAGCAUUGUCUUGAUGGCUAUUACGACGGCACCAUCUUCCACCGACUUGUUCCAAACUUCAUCGUGCAAGGCGGCGAUCCCACAGGAACUGGAAAUGGUGGCGAGUCAAUCUACGAUGGAGGCGCCUUUGGCGGCGAUCUGGAUCCCUGGCCCAUGGACCAGCGACAGGGACAGAACGCAGGACCCAAUGGCAUCAACUUCAAGGACGAGUUCCAUUCCCGGCUCAAGAUCAAUCGACGUGGCAUCUUGGCAAUGGCCAACGAGGGGAAGCCCGACACAAACGGCAGCCAAUUCUUCUUUACGCUGGACAAGGCAGAGGAGCUGAAUGGCAGGAACACAAUGUUUGGUCGAGUUGCUGGAGACACAAUCUACAAUCUGGCGAAAAUUGGCGAGUCAGAAGUCGAUGAAGCGAACGAGCGACCGUUAUACCCAGUCAAGAUUACAAGCGUGGAGAUCUUGAUCAAUCCAUUCGACGAUAUGACGAAGCGGUCGCGAGUGGCACAAACACAAGUAAAGCCAAAGGCGGAAAAGGAGAAGAAGAAGAAAAGAAAGGGUGGAAAGCAGCUGCUCAGCUUUGGAGACGAAGAGGGUGACGAAGAAGUGCCCGUGUUCAAGAAAACCAAAUUCGACACAAGGCUAAUCAUGGAAGAGGAGAAUGAGGCUCCUGCAUCUCAAGAUAAGAGCUCAAAGCCAAAGCCCUCCAAACCCAAAAGCUCAGAUAAGCAAGCGAAUGAGACGCGAACGACUCAAGAUAAAGGAAAAGAGCCAGCUUCAAAUACCCGGGACAGCGACGAAGAGAAGGAAGAGAGGCAAAGAGAUAUACCCGUACCCAAGAAGCGCAAAGAGCCGACCCCUGAGCCGUCGCCCGAGCCAGAACCGGUCCAGGAAAAGAGCGCGCUAGAGAAAGCUAAUGAAGAGCUGGCGGCCCUCAAGGCUUCAAUGAGGAGGACAAUUCAUUCUGCAGAGCCUGUCAAGGAAAUAAAGAAAACAGCGUUAGAGUCAAUGAUACCUGAGACGUCCGUACGAGGAAGAAAAAGACGGCCCGGUGGCAAUAACACCACAACAACCGAAGACCAAGCUUCUCUUCGUAUACUAAGGGCGUUUCAGGCGAAGCUCGACAAGGCUCCGCCAUCAAAGGAACUGGUCACUGAGAAUCCUGUUGAAAAUGAACAGAGCGAAGCAGAGAAACCCUCGCAGGAUGACGAGGCAGAGCAAUGCGACUUGCAUUUUAUUGCAAACUGCCAGAGCUGCACAUCCUGGGAUAAACAUGAAAAGGAGGAGAGCGAUGACGAAGGCUGGAUGUCACACGCUCUUUCAUUUGCGGCGGAUAGGCUGGGCAAAGAUCUCAGCAACCGAAGGAAAGCUGAAGAGGAGCUGGUCGUCAUUGAUCCGCGGGAGAAAUCACGGACAUUGAAGGAGGAGAAACGGGCUGAGCGAGAGGCUCGAGCUGGUGGAUCUGGGAGGGCAUGGGAUCAGGCAAGAAACGCUCAAAUGGCGAGGGCUGCUUCUCUGGCCGGCAGAGGGGCGAAAUGAAUAGCGACAAUCGUCAUGUUUCUUUAUAUUGAUAUUUGGCACUAUGGCGUAGCGUAUGGAGUACUACGAGAUGGGCGGUAGCCAGUUUGUAAUUUGUUUUCAUUAGGGUUGUAUCACAUUAUGAAUUUGUGGGAGAAUAUAGAAACAAUCCAUCCG